CUGAGAUUAGCUGGAGUCCGUGUGAUCCUGUGCUGAAGAAAUGCUCAGUGAGUAAUGUUACUGAUGAAUGAUGUUUCUCUCUCUGUCUCUCAGAUGAACGGGAUGGACGGAGACGUGGAGUAUGAGGAGAUUACACUGGAGAGGGGUAACUCCGGCCUGGGCUUCAGUAUCGCCGGUGGGACUGAUAACCCUCACAUAGGAGACGAUCCCAGUAUCUUCAUCACUAAGAUCAUCCCAGGAGGAGCCGCGGCGCAGGACGGACGGCUCAGGGUGAACGACAGCAUUCUGUUCGUGAAUGACGUGGAUGUGCGUGAGGUCACUCACAGUUUAGCGGUGGAGGCGCUGAAGGAGGCGGGGCCGAUCGUGCGGCUCUAUGUGCUGCGACACAAACCGCCUGCGGAGAACAUCACAGAGCUGAAGCUCAUCAAGGGCCCUAAAGGUCUGGGCUUCAGCAUCGCGGGCGGCGUGGGGAACCAACACGUCCCCGCAGACAACAGCAUCUACGUCACCAAGAUCAUCGAAGGAGGAGCCGCGCAUAGAGAUGGACGACUGCAGAUCGGAGACAAAAUCCUCGCUGUGAGUUUGAACAACAAAGAUCAGGAUGAGUUUGUUUCUUCAUCAGGUUUCAGACCAGCACAAACAUUACAAAACGUAUCACAUGGUGUUCGCAGGGAGCCGCGACGUGUGGUCAUUCUCAGGGGUUCCACGGGUUUGGGCUUUAAUAUUGUGGGUGGUGAGGAUGGUGAGGGGAUCUUCAUCUCCUUCAUUCUGGCAGGAGGAGCGGCUGAUCUGAGCGAAGAGCUGAGGAAAGGAGAUCAGAUCCUGAGUGUGAACGGUGUGGAUCUGCGUCACGCGACUCACGAGCAGGCGGCGGCGGCGCUGAAGAGCGCAGGACAAACCGUCACCAUCAUCGCACAGUACAGACCCGAGGAGUACAGCAGGUUUGAGGCGAAGAUUCACGACCUGCGGGAGCAGCUGAUGAACAGCAGUUUAGUUUCUGCAGCGGCGUCAUUACGCAGCGGGAAGAGAAGCUUCUUCAUCAGGUCCAUCGGCGGACGCAGCGAAUACAUCGUCAGCUAUGAGACGGUGAUUCAGGCUGAAGUGCACUACGCACGUCCCGUCAUCAUCCUCGGGCCAAGCAAGGACCGCGUCAAUGACGAUCUGCUCUCCGAGUUCCCCGACAAGUUCGGCUCCUGCGUCCCACACACGACGCGGCCCAAGCGCGAGUACGAGGUGGACAGCCGCGACUAUCACUUCGUGCCGUCACGUGAACAGAUGGAGAAAGACAUUCAGAGUCACCGGUUCAUCGAGGCCGGACAGUAUAACAACCACCUGUACGGCACCAGCGUCCAGAGCGUCAGACAGGUGGCAGAACAGCAGGCGAAGCACUGCAUCCUGGAUGUUUCAGCGAAUGCAGUGAGGAGGUUACAGGCCGCCCAACUUCACCCCAUCGCCAUCUUUAUACGACCCUCAUCCCUGCAGAACAUACUAGACAUUAACAAGCGUCUGACGGAGGAACAGGCCCGAAGAGCUUUAGACAGAGCCGUCAAACUGGAGCAGGACUUCAUCGAGUGUUUCUCAGCGAUCGUGGAGGGCGACAGCUUCGAGGAGAUCUACCACCGCGUGAAGUCUGUGCUCGAGGAACAGUCUGGACCGUAUAUCUGGAUCCCUGCGCGAGAGAGACUGUAAACACACACACACACACACACACACACACACACGCAUGAGGACUUCCAGCAGGGGCUCAUGGGAGUCUCUAGGAUGAAGCUCGUGCACAGGAUGAUCUUCUGAUUCACACCAACAGCUCGUUACAUAAUGUAAAUAUGCGUCCGUGCGCAUUGGUUUCUAUGGAGUGGGCGGGGAUGCUUACCUCAUCACCAUGGCAACAGUUCAUCGUGGGGUCAGAAACAGCGACCAAGUGAAAAUAUGACAGCGCUGCGUGUGUGAACUAGCCUUAACGAACGUGUGUGUGUGUGUGUGUGUGUGUGUGUGUGAGCCACUGCUACUGAUGAGGAUGAAGGUGAUCAUGUGGGUUGUUUCCAUGGCGAUUGUGAGCUCAGUGAGUGUAACAGUGUCUGAGGCAAUAUAGACAUGAGCACUGAGCACUUUACUAACACACACACACACACUCUGAGAUGCAUGUGUGUGUGUCUCAUUGUGAUGACGUGUCUCUAUAGGGCUACUGUUUACAUAUAAUACACACUUUAAACUGCACAGGGAGAGAAAAGCAUGUGUGUGUGUGUGUAAGAGAGAGAGAGAGAGAGAGUGUGUGUGUGUGUGUGUGUGUGUG